UUAAAAUGGACGCAUUAGAAGAACUUAGUCAGAAUAUGUAUGGGAGUAGUCAAGGAUCAGGUGCGUUUAGUAGAGCAAAUAACCCUGCAGUCACGAGGUUUGGGGAUAAUGAAGGAGCUGAUGUGCUCAGGAUGUAUCCUGGAGGUGAUAGUGCGGGAUUUGGAUCCCCUAGUCAACCCGGGAGAGAUAGUUUGGGAAAUUUUGGGCAGGAUAAUGAUCCUUAUUUCGGAAUUGACCGUCAAAAAGAUAACUUCCAGAGGGCUAAUAACUUUAUUGAUAGUUAUGUUCCUAGCCGACAGCCAGGAAGAAUGGAUGACGACACUGCUAGUUUUGAUAAAUAUUCUGGUGCUGGAGGGCAUUAUAAUGAACCUUAUGAGGACAUACUCGACUCGAUUAAAGGAGACACUUAUGAAAAGCCAGAAGAAACAGGAAGGUUUAAAGGACCUUCCAGGGUUGAUGAUAAUUAUUCAAGAAGAGGCAAUGAUUAUAGCGAUAAUAGAAGUGGAAGACACAUUAGCGUUGAAGCUAGAUCAAUCCCUGAUUUUGAAAGAUCUCAAGCAAGUUCUAGAGAUGAAGAUCUGAGGUCAAUGCAACCUCAAGGAUUCAGAUUUACAGGACAAUCAUGGAAUAAAGCAGGGCCUUCAGAUAAUCAUGGAAGCUCUUCAAGACCUGGUAGAAGACAGUCUGUCUACAGAAACGAUAAUUCUCCAAGCGGCGUUGAUGUAAUUGAGUCUUCUGCUAGUAGAAGAAUGAGAGGUUCAGAUUCAAGGCCUGUAAAGAAAAACAAGGACGAUGUUCCAAUUUUCUUGGCUAAGAAGACAAACCCGAACGAAAGGUCAAAACCUCCUUUACACAAGCAUGCAAGUUACAUGGAAGAUGAUGACAAAUUGUCCCAUGUCAAAGAUGCAGGUCCUCGCUCAGGAAGGUUUAGAGAAGAUGAUGCCUCCGAUGCUACAAGUCGAAGAAAAUUUGGCCAAGAUAACUCAUUCAAAAAUGAUCAAAGUGGUGUUCCAGCUCUUGAGUCAAGCUUGUCAAGAAGAUCAGGAAGAAGAGUUGCAGCUAGAAAUUCUAACUCUAAAUCAAAAGAGAAAGAUCAGCUUACAAGAAAUGCUAGCCAUUUAGACAACAAGGAUAAGCCUUUUGGCAACCAUUUAUACAAAGAUUCUAACAGUUUUGGAGGAACUCCUCAAAAAGCCAAUGACUGGGAACAGAAAAACAAAAAAUUUGGCUCCAUUAGUCCUGUCCAAAGUUCAAAUACGGACCAAAUUAUGAAAAUAAGAGAAGAGAUUCGUGAAGAAGAACAGAGAAGAAAGGAGCUUGAACAAGAGUACAGAGCCCAAAUAAAGUCAAUGAAGGGUAAACAUUCCUCUGAUAUGGACAAAAUGCAGCCUCCCAAGAAUACAGAUUCUGAGAGAAAAGAGUUGCUUAAGAGCCUUACACAGAAAUUAGAUAGAGAAAUUGAGAGAAUUCAGAAGCAACAUGAAGCAACUAUGGAGCUUGAAGACCAACAACACCGAUCGAAUCUCGAAAGAGAGAAGAUUUCUGCUGACCAAAAUGCUGCUUUAAUUAAAAGACAGCUUGAGCAGCAGAUCCAAAUAGCUGAGUUAGUCAAAAACGUGCAGAGCUCCUCAACCAAGCUUGAGUCUAUCAUGAAGACCAACAUGGAUAUAUCUGAAGAUAGUCUUCGUGACAGACAAAAGAAGACUCUUGAACUUGAAAGAGAAGUUAAUGAAAAGCUCACAGCGUUGGUCAUCAAGCAAAGGACUUACAAUGACCUUGAAAAGAAGCUAGAUGGUGUCAUGAAAGACUACGAGACUCUCAGAGCUGAAAAAUUAAGACUCCAAGAGCGGGAUACAUUCCAAUUUUCCGAUCAAGCUGAGAGAUACAAGAUAAACGAGAACAAGCUUAUCCAAGAAGUCACUCUUCUCAAGUUAAAAGUGGAAAAUCAGAAGGAGAAGCAGGCUAGACUAGAGAAGUUACUUCAAGAUGAGGUCCUUAGAAAGCAGCAAGAGCUUGAAGACGAAAAAGAAAGAUUUGAACGUGAAAAGUGAGAUGCCGAUGAACAACAGAGAGAAUAUGACAAGAAGAUUCAGUUGAAAUAUCUCGAAAUUGAUGAAAGAAAGAAGACUCUUAAUGAGAGCGAAACUUACUUACUGAAGAAAGUCCAAACACUUGAUCAUAAGAAUGAAGUAGUAGCGAGGGAAACUGACGCCCUUAGGUAUAAAAUGGAACAACUUGAUUCUGAGCGAGUAAAAUUCGGAGAUAAAGCUUAUAUGGCUCAACAAACUAGUAUAAAAGUUUUUGAAGAAUCAGAGUAUGUUGCUGCCCAUAGAAAGGAAUAUGAAGAAGACCGUGCUGAACUCGAGAAAAUGAGAUAUGAACUUGAGGCUGAAAAAGCUCAUGCAAGAGCAGAGCAUCUCAAAUUAGAGCAUAAAAGGACAGAAAUUUCAAUGAGAGAAAGAAUGAUUGACCAGUUGAAGCUAAAUAAGGUUCAGGAAGAUCUUGAUACACAUCAAAGAGUGCAUCAAUCAGCAAAGCCUUACCAAUCUGAAAUCAAUAGUGCAGUAAACAGUGGGCUAGACUUCUACAGAAAGAGUAAUAAUGUUGAAAACCUAUCUUUUAACAGGCUAAGAUCUCCUAUGACUUCUCAAAAGCAGGAAGAUAUAGAUAGAUCUAGUGCAAAUCAGACCAUUGAGAAGAGAUCUCGCAACCUAGAUGACUCUAAGGAAAGAAAGAUAGAAGAAAUGUAUGCCAAAGUUAACAAAAGAAUGGAAGAUGCCAAGUCCAAUCCCAGAAUUGAGGAAGAUGAUGAAGCUUAUGAUUUUAACGAUUUUGAUGAAUCUGAAGAAGAUGAUCAAUAA